AUGCCAAUUGCUGCUCUCCCGCCAUCCACUGCGCAGGCAAUUGGCUCAAUUUCAGUGCUGUCCGAUGCCUCCUCUGUCGUCAAGGAGCUCCUGGACAAUGCCCUGGAUGCAUCUGCUUCGUCCGUCUCAGUGGAGAUUUCCCAAAACACCGUCGAUGUAAUCCAGGUCAAAGACAACGGUCAUGGCAUUGCUCCAGAGGACCAUGCGGCGGUGUGCAAGCGCGCCCACACGAGCAAAAUACAGACCCUGGAUGAUUUAAGAAAUGUGGGCGGGCAAUCCCUCGGCUUUCGGGGAGAGGCCCUUGCAUGCGCCGCUGAAAUGGCCGGUUCAGUCACUAUAUAUACCAGGACCCAGUCACAAGUUGUUGGGUCGCUGCUCAAGUAUGACCGGAGGGGUGAAUUAACCAGCAAUGAACGAGCAUCCCAUCCAGUUGGAACUACUGUCCGUGUAGCAGAUUUUCUCAAGCAUAUCCCAGUCAGGAGACAAACGGCGUUGAAGAACGCUUCAAAGACGCUCACGAAAAUCAAGAAAUUGCUACAAUCGUAUGCGAUUGCGAAGCCUUCCACGAGGCUGUCUUUAAAAGUCCUGAAAAGUAAGAUUGAAAGUAAUAACUGGAUCUACGCGCCUAAACCCAAUGCGAGUCUCACCGAUGCAGCACUGAAAGUCGUCGGUGCUGAAGUCGCUGCUCAGUGUAUCUAUAAGGAAUGGCCAUCUGAGGCGCGUGACGAAGGCCAAGAAAUGGCAUCCAGCUUCGACGACAAUGCAAAUACGUCGUACAGACUGGUGGCCUUCCUGCCAAAGGCCGAUGCUGAUUUCUCCGAACUCAGUAACCCCGGACAGUUCAUCUCUGUCGACGGUCGACCUGUAUCGUCAUCGAGGGGCACGCCGAAAGAGAUUGCUAGGCUUUUCAAAACGUACAUUCGUUCCGCUGCAAAGGCUCGAGGAAGCUCUGCUUCUCUCUCGGAUCCGUUUCUCUGUCUACAUAUUGAAUGCCCCAGGGGGAGCUACGACGCCAAUAUCGAACCUGCCAAGGAUGAUGUCUUGUUCGCGGACCCUCAGAUAAUUGUAUCUCUCGCAGAGGGCUUGUUCAAAGACGUGUACGGCGAAGUGGAUGACGAGAAUGAGAAGGUCCAGGAAGUUGCGGAGAAAACAGCAGGAAAAGAUGACUUCAGUCUCUUGAUGGCUCGAAAGCCAGUUAUGGAAUUUCCGGCCUCUCCACCGUCCUCACAUCCUACGGCCAGUGAAAGGCAGACAGGUAUCAACGCUGAAGCAAUCUCAACAACCAGUGCCCCUGCACCAACCCCACAACCAAGCUAUGAUUCGCAACAGAGGGAUGUGGGAAACUCAUCCGAAGUCGAAGGCGACGAGAGGUCAGCAGAACGGAAUAGUAUAAACCCUUGGACGAUCGCAAAAACGCAUUUCUUUCCUCGGUCUCAAAGCGCAUCUACGCAGAGGCCAAGCCAGUUGGUAGCUCCAGUUCGUCGAGAGUCCGGUGGAGGUCGUGUGGAGAGGAAUCGACGAGUCUCUGCGAGUCCGCCUUUGGCCAGUCCGUCAUAUUCAACCUCGAGCUCGUCUUCGCCUCCGGAAACACGCACCUCACCAUUGUUCGUAUCAGCUAGAGAGAUCUCUCGAGAAGUUGCUGUUCCAAGUCUGGAUCUGUCAGCAAAGUCAGCAAGGGAGCGUGCGAGAGAACGAUAUGGAAAUGGGGCCCUUGAUACCUGGUUUAAAAAGACGACACAGGUUUCUCUCGAUCGAGGUUCAAGCAGUUCAACUGUCGCUGAUCAAAGGGAAGAAAAUCGGGACAGGUCAGGAAGCGAGGAGCUCCGUGAAGCACUUGAUCCACCUGACUCGAGUGGUGAUAUCCGACCCGUAAGCGGCGUGCAUAAACCAUUCAAGAUUCCUAUAGCGCGAAAUUCCACAUCGCCAGAUCUCUACUCCAGCCAACUGGAAGACCCUCAUUCAGCUGAACCCAAUGAAAGACGCCAGGAAUUUCCUGUCUUGGAACGCUGGUCAUCUCGGCUUCAUCAGCCUCCAAGUCAGGAAAAUGGGUCUGACUUGGAGGACGCCCUUGACUUUGAGCGGCGGAAGAGAGCAGCGAUCCUCUCUCGGCGGGAACAAAUGCGAAGCGGCAGAGAUUCAAGUGCGCCGAGUAACAGUCAACUCAGUUCGAAUUCUCCGCAUCAAAACCGUUAUCUUGCCGCGCGGGCUGCAUUGACAGCCGGCGCAAACACAAGCACGGCAGAGGCGGACGAUUCUCCAGCUGAAUCCGAGCUUGUCCCCAGUCUGGACCGUAACGACCCUCGAGCUUACUUCAUGCGCCAUCAGGAGACGGAGCAAGCAUCCGGCACGAGGCUCAAGAUCAAGCGCGUCCACACUGGCCGGCUUCCACUGGAGAAGAUCCCAGACGGGUUCGACACCCACGAGCUUGCGCUGCGGCGGCCUGCUCCAUUGGGCCUCUUGUCAGAGUCGUACAGACGAGCACGACUGGUUGAUUCCUACACCCGGUCCGGAACUGGGUUCGACGCCUUUGCAGAGCCAGAUCUUGCGAGCAUCGCCAAGACAUGGGAAGCUCGACUGGCGGCUUUGAUUCGACAGAAAUAUCGCGCCAAAGAUGGGGACGGCGUCCCCGAUUUACAGUUUGAUCUUUACGCGGCUAUCAGGGCAUCUGACUGA